AACUUCUUUCUUUUUUUUUUUUUUUCUUAAGCCAUAGCUAUGGUUACCACGUCUCUCCCCGCCUCCCUCCACUUACCAAGAAGACGACUGGCCAUUGGCUAUCUGUCACCAAGUUACUCAGUCAUUGGCCGCUGGUGAGACUGGGCGCUCCCCCUUCCCCGGUCUCCCGGGUCUCUUGAGGAGCCCAGGAAGGAGGCUCCGCUAGUGCCGCCGGGCCACGGGCUGCCGCGACCAGGCUGCGGCAGUCGUUAGCCGGUCAUGUCGGCCGCCCAGGGCUGGGACAGGAACCGCCGGAGGGGAGGAGGCGCAGCCGGCGGUGGCGGCGGAGGUAGCGGGGCCGGCGGGGGCAGUGGGGGCAACGGGGGUCGGGGGACUGGUCAGCUCAACCGCUUCGUGCAACUCUCCGGGCGGCCGCACCUGCCAGGUAAGAAGAAAAUACGAUGGGACCCAGUUAGGAGGCGCUUCAUUCAGUCCUGUCCCAUCAUAAGGAUCCCUAACAGGUUUUUGAGAGGCCACAGACCUCCACCAGCACGAAGUGGACAUCGUUGUGUGGCAGAUAAUACCAAUCUGUAUGUGUUUGGAGGUUAUAACCCAGAUUAUGAUGAAUCAGGAGGGCCAGAUAAUGAAGACUAUCCUCUCUUCAGGGAGCUUUGGAGGUAUCAUUUUGCUACAGGAGUAUGGCACCAGAUGGGCACAGAUGGCUACAUGCCCCGAGAAUUGGCAUCUAUGUCACUUGUGCUGCAUGGAAACAACCUGUUAGUGUUUGGAGGUACUGGCAUCCCAUUUGGUGAGAGCAAUGGCAAUGAUGUCCACGUCUGCAACGUGAAAUAUAAGAGAUGGGCUUUGCUCAGCUGUCGGGGGAAGAAACCCAGUCGUAUAUAUGGACAGGCUAUGGCUAUCAUCAAUGGCUCCCUUUAUGUAUUUGGAGGGACAACUGGCUAUAUUUACAGCACAGACCUGCACAAAUUAGAUCUCAAUACCAGAGAGUGGACACAACUGAAACCAAACAACCUAUCCUGUGAUCUACCAGAAGAGAGGUACAGACAUGAAAUUGCACAUGAUGGGCAGAGGAUUUACAUCUUGGGAGGUGGUACUUCUUGGACAGCUUAUUCCUUAAACAAGAUUCAUGCAUACAACCUUGAAACGAAUGCAUGGGAGGAAAUUGCAACAAAACCCCAUGAAAAAAUAGGUUUUCCUGCAGCCCGGAGAUGUCACAGUUGUGUUCAAAUAAAAAAUGAUGUGUUUAUUUGCGGGGGCUAUAAUGGAGAAGUGAUCCUGGGAGAUAUCUGGAAGCUGAAUCUGCAGACUUUUCAAUGGGUUAAGCUCCCAGCUACCAUGCCAGAGCCAGUUUAUUUUCACUGUGCAGCUGUUACACCAGCUGGUUGCAUGUACAUUCAUGGAGGAGUGGUGAACAUCCACGAAAAUAAACGGACUGGGUCAUUGUUUAAGAUCUGGCUGGUGGUUCCUAGCCUGCUGGAACUGGCGUGGGAGAAGCUGCUUGCGGCCUUCCCCAACCUAGCAAACCUCUCCCGAACACAGCUUCUGCACCUUGGACUCACACAGGGACUCAUCGAGCGCUUGAAAUGAGGAUUACUGGACUGUUCAUUGAUACUGGAAAUGUUAAUUUAAAGAGACUCCUUUAUUUAUGGGCAGUGUAGAAUGUGCUACAGAGAGAAUUGGUUACCCUGAUCAAGGCCUUAUUCAGAAAAUACAUCAGAUGCCUUUCUGUAAAUUGUUUUAAGUUUAUGGAAUCUCACUUUCCCUUGUGCUUUUUUCUUUGCUUCUCUCCCUUCUGCCCCAGUACACACACAUACUCACAUACUCCCUCUUCCCUGAUGGAAGUUGAGGGAGAGUCUGAAAGUUACCUUCAUAACAUUAUGAAUCAAGAUAAGAUAAAGAAAAUGUUAAAGGAACUCUCACCAUAUGACCAUGUUAGGCAUUGCUCUGUAAAUUAAAGCAACAUCAUCAGUAAAAACAAAAAUAAAAAAAAGUAAAUCCAGCAACAGCGAGAAGCAGCACUGGGGAUAGAACAAGAAGGCUAACCUUGAGAAUCCUGCAGAUUAUAGGGAAAGCUCAGUGUUUAACUUGCUGUUUUCAAAGGUACAUCUAAUUGAGUAGUUGGAUGUGAUGGCAGCAGUGGCUGGUGUCUUGCGGCCUAGAUACCCAAACCUGCCCUUGAACUUACUUUAGAGGAAAGUUGAGCAGCUCAGCAACUCUCAGUCAGUGAUUUCUGUUCUCAUCCUUCUGGUGCCAGCAGUGAGAGUUGACGUGUCUAAAGACUUCACCGUGUGUGGUGGUUGUGCUGUCUGUUGUUGCUCUUAGAAAUUAUGGCACGAGAACAUUUCAAAUCAAGAAAUUUAUGGUGGUCAAAGUUCUUCAUUCUGGGCAGUUUUUAAAUUCUCCUAUGCCUGUUAAUGGUUUCAAGUAUCUUUUUGACUCCAUCAUGGGGAACUGCAGACCCUAAACAUGUGUGGCGUUCAUACCGUGGUACAUAAGGUUCACGAGAGGCCAGAGAAGAGCAGGGCAGGAAGGGCUUCUGCUCUUGGGCUAUGAGCUUUGACUGUCAUACUGGCUGUUUCCUUUUAGAACGUUUCUUUUCUCACUCUAGGCCAUGCACCUACCGUAUUCUCAGGCAGUGGGUUUUAUCUCUAGAAAGCAAAUUGGCCCUUGAUUUUUUUCUUAGUUUUCUGCCUCGUUUUCUGUCUGCUUUAAUGUGCAUGGUGCUGUAAUUGCCUAGUAAUUGGAUAAAAGGUCUUGGGGGAAAGCCACGGGUCAUUCUUCCUGAAGAACUAAGUAUCAUUUUGAAAACUAGCAUGCAGAAGAAAAGAAACUGAGAAUCAUUCACUUCUUUGGUGUGAAGUUUUAGUUCUGGUUUGUUUUAUAUUGUAUUUUAAUUUUAAAACAGAAAUGACUUAAAUUUUCACUUGCUUUGCCAUCAGUGACCUACUGAGACACGAGCAGUUGGAGGUCCUUAUGUGUAUGAAAGGUGCUAAAGGUGUGCAGGAGGGCACAGUGCUGAUCAUCCCGUUGGUUACAUCACAACAGGAGACUCAGACAGGAGACUGGGGACAUAUUUUUCCUUUAAGUGCCUCUUUUUCACUUAGCUUUUAAGAUUAUUCUUGUUUUUCCUUCAUCUCAGAAGGGAAUCUCUUAGGCUCAUGUGUGGAUUUAAAAUUACCUUUGAGUUGUAGCUGAAAAGUUACUAUCUAGUGUUCGGUUCUGAGAAAGAGAAAAGUGUGGCCUCUGGACUUGGACUCCUAACAUCCUGGCCUUAUUAUAAUCUCCCAACCAUGUGGGAUUGAGUUCAUGGAGCCUGUGUUCUGAAGGGUCUUAUCAUCUUUCAUGUGAGUUUGGGUCCUUUGCGGGGGUGAGGGGGUAGGGGAGACGAGGAAAGGAGCAAUUCCUCUGGAAGCCUCACCCCCACAUUGCCAUGAUCAGUCUGGCCUUUUAACCUCUUACCACCCACUGCUAGGCUUGUUCCUGUGAGGAGCUCUCUCCAGACCAAGUCAGUCUGAGCAACUCUGUUAGUUCAAAACAAAGCUUCACUGAAAGACUCCAGUCUAGUCUCUGGAUGUUUUGGGGGGUGGGGGGGGACUAUCCAUAAUUAAGUCACACUACUCAUGGUGGCAGAAGGAUCUUUGUCAUGGAUUCAUAGGGACCAAAGACUGAAUGCUCAGCCUCUGUGCUUAUCCUUCCAUAGUCUUGGGAUAUAAGCAGGUCUCUACUUCUGCGACACCUGAGAGCUAAAAGAGAGACUGGUUCAAUCCACACUUGCUAGCCUCCUUUUUAAAGCCUUCGGAAGGCAGUCUUCUUUGAUGUGGACUUUGGAGGCCUGACAUCCAAGACCUUGUGUGUGACAUUUUCAUAAAAGUACAUACCCUUGGUCUAAAGUGUCUUCUUUUAAUAUAACACUAGUGAAAAUGAUGUAGUACGAUCAGCUUUGAGUGCUAUAGAACCACACAGGUGCACAUGUUCUGGAUGCCAAAUGAGACUGUGUGUAUGAUGACUUAAAUGUAGAUGACUAGAGUUUUAUAUAGGGGGUCACCAGGCAUUUAGUAUAUCCAUAACCAGCACUCUGAAUGCCUGACACUGUUACUUGAUUUAGGAAAGUUUAUGCCUGCUGCUUCUCUGCCUCUUUGAGGUACUCCCAGACAUCUUACUGCAGUCCUAUAAGUUUAAGUGCAAUAUAUAGAAACACAUAUGGAUAUAUACAGAUUAUAUAUAAGGUGUGACUGUAAAGCAGGUAGACUACUUUUUUGUAUCUGUCUUGGGGAAGCCAGUUCACUACUUUAGAGUUAAAAUUAUACCAGAAAUUUGAGAUGUGAUUGGCUGACUUAGGGCAACUCUUGGUAAACCUGGAUUUCAAGUCCAGUGUCUCCUUACUGCAACUGUUAGAGAUUUAUUGUUUCUUGGGCUUAUUACCACUAAGACUUUUCCCCAGUCAUCUUUGUACUCAAUCUCAUGUUUGCAUAUCUUUUUACAUUUCUUUGCCCAGCAACAAGGAAGUCUACCUAUAAGAAGUUUUUUAAAUGGAGAAUUAAAACCUAAUAUUUAAUACUAUCAGUUCUCCCAUGUAUAUACUAAUUUAUCUGUGAAUGUAAUACUUUAUUACAUGAAGAAAAUGAUGACUUUCUUCAUGUAAUAAAGUAUUUUCCAUAUUCUGGAAAAUCUAUAAACCAAUAUAGAAUAGAUUGAAAUUUUAACUGUUCUUCAGGGGUCAAACUGAAACCCUUUCUACUGGUAGAAUCUUCUUUUUUCAGGGCCCUGGAACAUGAUAUAAAAAUUUGCCCUAAACUAUUCAUGUCCAAUACAUAGCUAAUUUUAAAAUAUAAUAAUAAACAUUAACAUUUCUAAACAAAAGGUAUAUUAACAGUGACCUUUGGUUACUCAGAGUAACCAGAUUAAAGCACAGAUAAUUGAAAUCCAUAGAUAAUCAGUGUUUCAACUUUCCUAUCAAAAAAUUGAUUCAUUUAUAGUUCUUCCUUCUCCCUACCCUUUUCCCACAAGUACCUCAUUUUCAGUGGAGUGGGGCUAAUGCGUAGCUAGAAAUGGAAAAGCAGGAAUCCGGGAGGGGCUAGAAACCAGCGAACAUAAAAGCAGCUCAAUUAGCUGUAAUUGGUCAACAAGAUGACAGCUGUUAACGCUGAGUUUAGAUAUCACUCUUUGCUCUCCUGCUUUGGCAUAGUCUCCUGCCCUGAGUUCUAGGCUGUCUCUCCUGUAACCACCAAAGAACUCUUAGCACAUAUAAGAAGAAAGAGCUGUGUAUGAUGCACAAGAAAUCCCAUCAUUUGAAUACAUUUCUUUGGCUCUCUUUGCAAACAUUUGCUUUUCCACUGUUCUUGAAGGAACCUUCGUUUUCCUUAGGAGAUACCUUUACCAGCCAUACUGCUUGGCUUGUAGGAAAGGUUAAAUUAUCCUUUAAGACUAUGUUGGUCUUAAUUCUCUAAAACCAGUUUGUUUUUAUGUGUCUUACAGAUGUUUAGAAGGUGGUAUAGGUUACUGAAUUGUCUACCUGCCAGCCCUCUGAUGUAGCACAAUAAACCAUUUUCCUUCUUCUUCAUUGUUCUAGCAUUGAGCUCCAGGAUGGAUGAGGGUUUAUGGUCCUAAGAUCAUAAGCUUCCAAAACCAGUCACCAUUGGUUUCAAUUGCUUAAGUUCCCCAAAUGCCGUGGGGCUCCAGGGCCUUGGCAGGGCCUGAGGUAGGUUUCGUAGAGUUCCAUGUCCUCUGUGUGUCGCCACCAGGUCAUGCCCAGCAGUGGUGUUUCCCUUCUAAGGUCAUUAGAUUCGGUGGAAAAUGACUUCUUCCCUCAUCUGGUGUUAAGAAAAAAAGUUUUGCGUUGUGCUUCAAAAAGUGGUACUAUCUUUUUAGUAUAAUUUUAAUGUUUUUAUCUUUUUUUCUUCUUCACUUUUUAAAAGUUUUGAGAAGGACCUGCUUAGUCACUGUACAGGGUGAGUCAGAGCGCAGUCACCAAGCUGUAGUAAUUGCUGUUUUACUAGUUGCACAUUUAGAAUACAAAGGAGGCAUCAGAAACACACUGACUUUCUCUAAAGCCACUUCCUUGUACACAGAGUCUGAGCAGGGACAGCGCCAGGCAUCUCCCUCUAACUGCACCUGCCAGUGAGGCUUUCAGUGGAAGGACGUGGGCACGAAAGGGAACCCUCACUCAGUCUCUGAGGACGAGCCUGGGCUUGGCUCUUGGUACAGGGUAUGCUUAGGCCACACACGAUGCUUGCCUUACUUUAAAGCUAUUUGCCACAGUCCUGUUAACUAGUGUGGAAGUCCUUUUGCAGUCUGGUGUGCAUGCCAUAUGAUCAGGACAGCUUUUCCACCUUACCUGGUUUCCUACAAGCAGGUAGGAAAUAUAGUGAAUUUACCCUAAAAUGUCCAAUCUGUAUUUAUGUAUCUUGUCAGUGUUUUGCUGUUGGUUUUCUAAAACAAUCUGAUCAAUAAAUCUUAUCCAGAUCUA